AUGUCUACGGAUAUUUCUAAGAGGAGGUUAUCACUACAAGUGGUUUCCACACCAGCACCUGUGUCGCGGUCGCCGAAAAACAAUUCGGCGCCGCCUAGUGCUCUUAGACGGCAACACACAGUACCGACAGUUGAUCGGAAACUUACAUCAUCAACUGGACAAAUGGGAUCCGAGUAUCGUCGUAAAAGUGCGAAUAAGUUGAAGGGUAAGACCAAACCAGGGGGUACACCCGAGAAGUCUGGAACUCCGUCUGCUGAAGAAGAAGCGCAUAGCCCUUACAGAAAUGUCAUCUGGAAUGAGGAUAUUGAAAAACUUCAGAUUAAAGAGGAGGACCUCAAACAGGUUCAUGACCGGAAAAAAUCACCAUCGGAUGCAGCACCAAAGGUCAGCAAGGUCACUGUGCGUAAACUAAAGCCAGCCUCUGAAUGGAACAAACCUAAACCCAAAGUGGUGACUGUGGCUAAACCAGCCCCACCGGAUGCUCCUCUCAAACCAAUGGACGUGUCAGGUUUUGCCGGGCCGAGGUAUGACGCGUCCGGAAAUGUAAUCCAUCACAGUAUCCUUGGGAAUUAUGAUGAUUUCCAUAAAGAGGCUCUACAAAGAGGCGACCUUUUGGACCUACCAGCCCCUAAAGACCCAGGGUUCCAAACAUCAACUCCUACCGUGAAGUAUGAGCGAAAGAAACGGGUUACCCCAAUACACGCUGAAAGCAAAGCACUAGAGAACUGGCAGCAGAAAAUGCGGGAAAGGAAAAAACAACAGGGAUACAUCUCAAGCCUUCUGCGGAAAAAUCCGGAGGAUUUAGCCAUGAAUGCUGCAGAUAAUUACCGUAAAAUCCUAGAAGAUAGAUAUAUCAUUGACAGAACCAUUCCGGCCCUGGACUACGGGAAGGGUUAUCGAGUUGGCAGUGAGUUCUGGAAGCAACAAGAGAGAUUUGGAGAUGAUGUAACUGGUAUACAUAUGACCUUGACCCAGUCAGAGAGAGGCUAUCCACGCCCCAUAGAACAUAUUGGAAUUCCCCAGGGAGUGAGAAGUGAAAAGGGAUGGUACUGGUCCCCUACUCACACGACACCUGUCCACUACCCAUGGCACAAGGCCCAGUACCUGUCAGAGAGAAAAAGUCAGCUCCAACCCAUUAUAGACGAGCUUGACCCUCAUCAACCGGAAUUUGAUGGACUUGAGGUGGUUGGGACAAACCAGCCACAUGUUCGCCCUGAGCGUGAAGUGACUGAUCUCGAGUUCACAGAUGUCUUAGAGAAGUUCCCUGAGGAAGAUGAUGAAAACCAGGAGAAUCUAGAUCCUCUUAAGGACCACCCAGAUGUCCACCCUGAACCAAUCUUUGGACCAUCCAUCAACUUUGCUGGUCAGCCAGCCCGCUGGACUGGCGAUGGCUACAGCUUCCAGGAACAGGUUGGGAUUGAGGCCCGUGUCACGUUUGAAGCCUUUGCCAAGGACAGAGUGACAUCCUAUCUGUACAUUGUCAAUGACGGAACCACAGCCGUGUACUAUGAUUGGAAGAAAGUGCCAAAGGAUAAUCCAUUUGACCUGGUUCAUCAAAAUGUCCAGCGAUUCUACUUCAACAACAGCAGUGGUGUGAUUCUGCCCGGAGAAACUAUGAAAUUUCCAUUCGUGUUUAAAUCGCCCAGUGCAGGAGUUUUCCAUGAGCAAUGGAGGUUUGAAACACGUCCGACUCUGUGUGGUGGCGCCGCCCUCAUUAUCACUCUCCGUGGUAUCGCCCUGCAGGAGGAUAAGUUCUUAAAGGAACGCGAGGAACUGGAGAGAGAACUACAGAAGAAACAGGCAGAACAAAUGGUGAGACAAGUUAUGUUUGACAUCAUCAGUGGUAUCAAAACUCCAGACCGACCAAGUUCUCCCGUCGACAAUUAUAUUACAGAAGAGGAAAUAUUUGCACGAAACAACCCCAAGCUCCACUACAACUUUGCCUUGGUGCAGCAGCUGAAGCAGAUUCACCUAGAGAUGGUACCUGAGGAGGAGAGAGAGGGACGUAUCUGGGACCUGUCGGUUGAGUACCUGAAGGAGGACCUGUUAGACAUGGAUGAAGACGACGAAAGAAAGGAAAAUUUCCUUCACCAGCUUAAUACCAGUGUUUCCAAGAUGGCUUACACUCCACACAUCCCCCUCAAGAAAAAUCUAUACAAAGUUGGGUAUCAACUUCUUCUGGAGGCUGUAGACAAGAUGGUCGGUCAAUCUAUGCAGAUAAGGCAUGUGAUGGGUCUACCUGAACGGGAACUGAUUGUCCUACCUGAGGAUCUUACUUUGACAGAGAGGUCAUCAUCCCACCUCACCAAUCCAAUUGAAGGCGAUUCAAGGAGCAAAUCCAAGGCAGAAAACAAAGUGAAGGCUCCACCAGAGAAGGGAGGCAAAGCACCGGCCAAAAAGGAUGAGAAGGGGGCCAAGGGUAAAGAGGCUGCUAAGGCAGAGCCCAAAGGGAAGACACCACAACCUCCCCCCAAGAAAACCCCCAGUAGGGGUCCCUCUGCUACCCCUGGGCCGGGCUCUAUAAUGGCAGAGAGUCGGGAACGAACAAUGACUACACCCACCAGUGCACCCCACAGCCCCAUACCUGAUGCUGAUCCAGUGUUAUAUCGUAAAUACAAGGAGAAACUUUACACUCAGACAACACUUAUCAUGGCGGACACUUUGCAGAGAAUGGAGGACGUGUUUGAAGAUGUUUUAUGUAGUGAAGACAAACCGCCACUCACUUUGUGAUUUUUUCUUGGUCUUCUUCUUUUUUUUUUUUUUUAACAAAUUUAUGUCGAAACAUUUUCUAAAGAACUCUGGUUAAGAUACUAUUUUCUAUUCUAUAUACAACAUUGACAUAUUAGUCUGAAAAUCAUUACAGGCAGUGUUGAUCAUAACUCUGGAAUUACAUGGAAUGGAAUAGUGAACUUCAUCAUUUUUCGUAUAUUCGUAACAGAAUCUAAAUUAUGAAUUAUAUAUAAUGAUGUUUAAGAUUUAUUAAGAUAUUGUGAUGUUCUCAAUGCCGUCCGUCAUAUACAAAUAC